UCUGGUGCUGUGUAACAUGUCCCUGAAGGCCUGGGAAUGGGAGGAAGACGGAAGAGCAAGCAUGGAGCCUGCCUCCUCCAUGGCUAGUGCUUACCAGUCAGCAAGCGAGUAUGAGACAGAUGAGUACCCGAAAUCCAGGACCCCAGCCCAGGAGUGGGACUCGGAGGACCAGUUCAGCAGCUUGGAAUCCUCGGAGGGGCCUCCCUGUUCCUUUAACACUGAUGUGCCCCAGGUUGUCCCCUGCAGAUUCGUUAUUUCACUGGCCUUCCCCGUGCAAUCGGGUCAAAAGGGAAAAGCUUCAAAUCUCAGUGAUAAAAAGAAAACCCCUAAACCAGACAACCGGGCAGCAAAGACUCGUCAAUUCUACCACAUUGAAUAUUUUUUCCUGCCCGAUGAUGUAGAACCCAAAAAAGUUGAUGUUGUGUUGUUUCCUGGUGUGGCCAAAGUGUUUCUGGAGUCAGGAAUAAAGACUGUGAAGCCAUGGCGAGAAGACGACAAAAUCUGGGUGUCAUGGAGCCAAACUUUUAAUGUCAACAUGACGAAGGAAUUAUUGAAGAAAAUAAAUUUCCACAAAAUCACUUUGAAGCUCUGGGACACCAGGGACAAAGUUUCUAAAAAAGUCAGGUACCAUCGGCUGAAGACAGCUACUUUCCUGGAAGACCCAGAAUCUUUCGAGGAAGUGAAGUUUUUGGUUUUAAGUCAGAAAAGGUUGUCUACAGUUGCCAAUGAAAAACCCAACAUUUUCCCCGAGGAGUUGAAGGAAGAGAAUAUACCAGGUGACCAAGAAAAACACAUAAAGUCUUCACAAGAGGCUGAAAUUGCUAAGAACGGCGAGGAAUGUGAGAAGUCCAUCAAGAUGGAGGACCCUUCUGUGCCUCGACGGACCCCCACAAAAACACCGAUUUCUUUGACUGGAACAACCAUGAUGGAGAUCAAGGAAAUCAUCGAGAAAGCGUCAUUGAGCAGCUUAACAAACCUGCUAGAAAAACAGAAGUCUCAAAUUAAAGGGAAAGAUUCAGAGACAAAGAAGAAAGCCCCAAAGAAAAUGAAGAAAUAUCAAACAGAGGAGGAGGCAGAACCGAAGCUGGCGGCUGCUUCCUGGAAGCCCAGCGUCUUCUCCAUCCAGCUGUCCAUCAUGCCACUCCUUGCUGGCUGGCAAACAGUCAUCAGCCGUGGCAGUGAGAAGUCUGCCAACAUUUUAGAUUGCUUUUUGACUUUAAAAACAGAAGUUCCUAUCAUGACUGAAGAGCAAAAACAAGAUCUGAACCCCCUGACCAUAAAGGUCAGGUGUGCUUCUUGCCUUCCAGUCUAUCCUGUAUCCAUUCGUGAACUGGAGAGGCUGUGUGCUCCUGUGUACUGCAGAUACCAGUUCCACACGACUCCAGUUCAUGAGACCAAGGGGGAGCCCCAUGGGACUCAUGUAUUUUUCCAGGAUAUCAAUGUCAUCUUUCUUGGGGCCAUGCACCCUAGUGACUUGAGGGAGUACCUUGAAGGGCCCCCUAUGGUGGUUGAAGUCCAUGACAGGGACCGAAAAUCAGAGCAGUAUUCCCGGAAGCCAACCCUGUUUGGAGAGGACUUUGUGGAUUCAUACUUCAAUCUCCAAGCUUUCAUCUCUCCCAAAGACACAGAGAAUAACCCCUUUGAGUCCCAGAACAAGAUGUGGGACCCUUAUGGGAUUGCCCGGGUCAGUUUUGCUGAACUCCUCCUUGGUCAUAAGUACUUGAACCUGGUUGUCCCCAUCCAUAACUGUGAGCCAAAGUUUGCCAGCCAGAGUCAGGAUAGCAGGAAGAGGUCUGUAGGGUACCGCACCCCCGCGGAGGUCCUCCAGCACAACUCAAUGCCCAUAGGCAACUACCUGGAAGCCAACUCUCUACUCAAGCUUCGAGUGGACAUUGCAGUGCCCCUGAGUUCUUGGUUCACAGCUCCUGAGCUUGACCUUAUGGGUACCCAGUUUGGCCGCAUCAUUUUUGUGUUCAACACCAAGAAGCUGGCCCUCCUACAGGACCUGCUGAAGGACAUCACCAAGAUCAAUGCCAAAGCCCUGGGCCUGGACAAUUAUCCCAUCCAGAAAAUGCAGCAGAUACUGUCAGCCUUCAGGGUACGUGUGAAGAUCCAAGAGCAGCAGAACCUAGAUGUCCUCACUGGCUUCCAUCUGCUGGAUGGAAGGAUCCACCUUUUUAUUCUAGAAGGCUUGGCAGAACAUGGCUUGAGGCAGCUGUGGGAAAGCUACCAGAGCAGGGUCACUACCUCCAAUCGUGUAGCAUGCAAGGUGCUGUAUGACUCCAGGUUGCUCUUCCGCCAUCGCCUGUAUGCUGACCUGGAGACCAUUCUGUACCAUGUGCAUUUGUUCAGGCCUGUGUCACUGCUUCUGCGGUACCCAGUGCUCUACAUUCGGGGGGCUGUGUCACGCAUGGCCUUUAAGGCUCUGGCCAGAAUCCAUGACAUCUGCCAUAACAGCACCAGGCUCAAGGAGGUGAUUAUGAGAGACCUGCUCCCUUCCUCCUCCAUGAUUAAAGACCUGAAUCAAGAGUUUGGGAUGCCCAUUUCCCAGGAGGAACUCAUAAAUGGAAAGAUGUUGACUGUGUCACCCCAGUCCCCUCCCAAUGAGGAGAACAUCCAACGUCAGACUUCUACUCUCCCAGAGGAGAUCCAGAUCCACCAGGAGAAGUACCUGCAGUGGCGGAACAACAUGCUGAGGAACCAAGUCCAUAAGUGUAGCCUUGUCCAGAAAAAUAUCACAGAAGCAUACCAGCUCACCAAAAAGCCUCUGAAAUCAAUGGUGAAGGCGAUUAGAAUUGCCAUUCCUGAGAACAAAGCUGUCCACAACUACAGUAUCCAGAGCCUGAACUCCACAGAGCUUGCUAAGAAGGAGAUGUUUAAAGAAAUGGCCAAGGAGCCCUGGAAGAGAUUCACAUAUUCACAGAAGUACUUGUCAGCUAUGGUGGAUCCGAAUGACCCAGAGGAAGAGGCGAAGAAAGCCCAGAAGAAGUCCCGCCAGGCCUGGCUCACAGCUAGUGGGUUCCAAACGUGGGGUCUCCAGAGCAGCAUUGGAUGCUACCAGCAGGAUUUUGGGCUGCCACCCGUCAAAGAACUAAAUGAGGAAUGGCAGGAAAAUUCACUGUUCACUGGCCUGCUGAAACCUGUAUUGGAUCGGGACAGGUGGAGCUGGAGCCAGCGACACCUGGACUUUGACCUGUACAAGAAGCCACCACUUUACCUUCAGGUGCCUUCUCUUCCACCUCCAAAGCCUGCAAUUGGUAGGAAACAGAAGGCAAGCAUCCAGUCUUCUGAAUGGCGCAGACAAAGUCGAGUCACAACAAAGUCACCUAGUUCCUGCGACAGUCUCUCUGUGCAUCUUCAAGACAUAAUAUCUCUGAAUGACCAUCAUCUGGCACUAGGGACCCAGUCUCACAUAACCUCUACUCCCCAUGAGUCUUCGGUGGGACCACAUCACCCAAGUUCUUCCUUUCCCAGCCGCUGGCUUCAUUAAAGCAUAGUAUGAUGAAGAAACUUAGCUCAGUUGUCAUGGCCCUGUUGCAAAUGCACUCUGGUUCCAAGAGCAAGUUGUUCAGUG